CAGCUUGGUGAAUCAGUCUCUUUAGGUCCCAAACUAAACAUGUUCACGGGAUACGGAUAAGUUUGUUCCCAGUGAAAUAUUGGAAGCGCCGCGUACUCAUAGCAAAUAGGAAUUCCUCCUAUCCUAUAUCCUGGAAUGCACUACUCACAGACCGUGUGAGCAAAACACAGAGGGAUAAAUGGCUUAUCAUUUAUGCUCUUCACCCUCUUCUCUCUUCCAUAACCGCCAAACUCCCUCCCAUUCUCUCCCUUCCCCAAGAAGUUUCCGACUGGGAAGCUCUGGUCUUCGCACUCUGAAACUCAGGUUUCCUUCACUCCACUCAAGAACCUCUCUCCAAAUAAACCAUGUUUCUUUACAAGAACCAGUUGCACAAGAGACCCAGACCCCCACCAAUGUUCCAGAAGUUGAAGGCCCUCAACGCCAAAAUAGAAAUUCUGGGUCUUUGUCCAAAAGCUAUAUCUGGGUCAACCCCAGCAGCCCCAGAGCUUCGCAGCUCAGGCAGAAAUCCUACGAUUCCAGGUAUGCUUCUUUAGUCAAAGUAGCCGAGUUUUUGAACUCUUGCAGUCCAAGUGAAAAUGAUGUUUUUGAAGCUUUGAAGGGUUUAGGUGAUAGAAUCUUGGAACAAGACGCAGUGGUUGUGCUUAAUAAUAUGACCAAUCCAGAAAAUGCUUUGCUUGCGCUCAAGUACUUUCAGCAGAAUUUGAAUCCAAAGAGGGAGGUGAUUCUCUACAAUGUUACUUUGAAAGUGUGUAGGAAGUGUAAGGAUUUGGAUAGGGCAGAGAAGCUGUUUGAUGAAUUACUCGAGAGAGGUGUUCAACCUGAUAAUGUUACCUUUUCUACUAUGAUUAGUUGUGCUAGGAUGUCCUCUUUGCCUGAUAAGGCUGUGGAGUGGUUUGAGAAGAUGCCCAGUUUUGGGUGUAAUCCGGAUGAUGUUACCUAUUCCGCUAUGAUUGACGCCUAUGGGCGUUCCGGUAAGGUUGACAUGGCUUUCAGUUUGUAUGACCGAGCCAGGACAUCGAAAUGGCGCAUUGAUCCAGUGACGUUUUCAACAUUGAUCAAAAUUCACGGGCAGUCCGGGAAUUUUGAUGGGUGCUUGAAUGUGUAUGAGGAAAUGAAAGCUAUAGGGGCUAAGCCAAACCUGGUUAUUUAUAACACUUUGUUGGAUGCUAUGGGAAGAGCUAAGAGGCCUUGGCAGGCCAAGAAAAUUUACCGAGAGAUGAUCAACAAGGAGUUUUCACCAAAUUGGGUAACCUAUGCAGCUCUUUUAAGGGCCUAUGGUAGAGCACGCUACGGUGAUGAUGCUCUUAACAUUUAUCGAGAGAUGAAGGAGAAGGGAAUGGAGUUGAAUGUAAUUCUUUAUAAUACCCUUUUAGCUAUGUGUGCUGAUGUUGGUUACGCUGACGAAGCUGUUGAGAUUUUUAAAGACAUGAAGAGUUCCGAAACUUGGAAGCCUGACAGUUGGACAUUUUCAUCCAUGAUUACCAUAUAUUCAUGUAGCGGGAAAGUCACAGAGGCAGAGACAAUGUUAAAUGAGAUGUUGGAAGCUGGUUUUCAGCCUAAUAUCUUUAUUUUGACAUCACUCAUCCAAUGCUAUGGGAAGGCAAAGCGUACAGAUGAUGUUGUCAGGAUAUUCAAUCAACUCCUAGAAUUGGGCAUAACGCCAGAUGAGCGCUUCUGUGGUUGUCUCCUGAAUGUGAUGACUCAAACACCGAAGGAAGAACUUUGUAAGCUUGCCAAUUGCAUUGAGAGGGCUGAUGAAAAGCUUGGGUAUGUGGUAAGACUUUUGUUAGAGAAGCAAGACAACAGUGGUAACUUUAAGAAGGAAGCAUCAGAACUUUUUAAUUCAAUUGGUUCCGAUGUAAAGAAGGCUUACUGCAAUUGCUUGAUUGAUCUUUGUGUGAACCUCGAUCUCUUGGAGAGAGCCUGUGAGCUACUAGACUUGGGGCUUACACUUCAGAUAUACAUAGGCAUACAGUCAAGGUCUCAGACCCAGUGGUCUCUGUAUCUCAAGGGUCUCUCCCUUGGGGCAGCUCUGACUGCAUUACAUGUUUGGAUUAAUGACUUGUCUCGGGUAUUAGAAUCUGGUGAGGAGCUUCCGCCAUUGCUAGGAAUUAAUACCGGACAUGGGAAACAUAAGUAUUCAGACAAAGGUCUUGCGAGUGUAUUUGAAUCACAUUUGAAGGAAUUAAAUGCGCCAUUCCAUGAGGCCCCAGACAAGGCUGGCUGGUUUUUGACGACAAAGGUUGCAGUCAAGUCAUGGUUGGAGUCUAGAAGUUCAUCGGAAUUUGUUGCUGCUUAGGUGUUUGGCUCUUUAGUUUACUGAGAAAGCUUGUCACGCUGAUAUGUAAUGUCAAGAACUGGUAUGUGCUGCUUCUCAAUUUUCUAUUUAUAUUGUUUAUGGAAUUUCCUCUCUUGGUGUAGAGAACAUUUUUGUACCAUUAGAUCUCAACCAUCCAUUAGUCUUAUAGAAUUAAUGAAGUUCUCAAAAUCCUUGCAUCU